AUGGCUUCACCUCGCACCAUUCUGGUCUUCCAGCAUGAUGCCAGUCUUCACAUUCUUGAAACCACGGUGACAGCCAUUUCCCCUUUCAAUGCCCUCGAAGAAUCCAAUCGUCUACUCUUCAAAGAUGCCAGCGAGGAACACCAUGCCAUUGUCACCGAGAAAACUAUUUUCCACCCCCAAGGUGGCGGCCAACCCUCUGACACGGGCGUGUUAAAAGGCCCAUCUGGCACUUUCACAGUCACGGCUGUUCGCACAGAUGCUAAUGGACAGGUGCUUCACCUCGGUCUCUUCGAGGGCUCAUCAUCUGCUUUCAAAAAAGGCGAGACCGUCCAGCAGGCAAUUGAUGUAGAAAAGCGUCUACUAUAUUCCCGUUUGCAUACUGCGGGCCACGUACUAGGCGCAUCAGUCCGACAUCUUUUGGAGAAAGAGAUUGAGAACUUCGAUGAACUGAAAGCCUCGCACUUCCCCGACUCGGCAGCAUGUGAGUUUCAAGGCUCAAUUGAAGGCAAAUGGAAGGACUCUAUCCAGAACAAGCUGGAUGGAUAUGUUGCCGCCAAGAUGCCUGUUCAAAUCGAAUGGUGGGACGAAGAGGAUUUCCGCUCGCGUGGACUGGAGCGAUUGAUUCCUGAUCGCAGUUUGGUGCCCGCAGGUGAAAAGUCUCGUGUGGUCAACAUCGUCGGCGCUGAAGUGUACCCUUGCGGAGGCACGCAUGUCGAUACGACAGAUUUGUGUGGACCUGUGACGGUUAAGAAGAUUUCGAGAAAACAAGGAAACUCGCGAGUUAGCUAUGUGGUGAAAUGA